AUGGGAAGUUGCAUAUCAGCUCAAUCGAAACUACAGGGUUCGAUUUUGAAGAAAUAUUAUUACAGAAACAGCAGCAAAGAAAAAUCCAACCGUGCACGUUUCGAUCGCAGCGAGUCAUGUAAAUCGGUGAGCCGAUGGGGGAGCAAUAGUAGGGUAUUGAAGAAUCCGUCGGGAGAUAAUAUCUUUGAUCGAUACACGAUUGGAAAAGAGUUGGGGAGAGGUGAGUUCGGGAUCACGCAUCAAUGUUUCGAUCUCGAAACUGGAGAAGCUUUCGCGUGCAAGAAGAUAUCGAAGGCGAAGCUGAGGACUGAAGUCGACCUCGAAGACGUGAGAAGGGAGGUCGAGAUCAUGAGGCAUUUGCCGAAGCAUCCGAAUAUCGUCGCCUUUAGGGAAGUCUUCGAGGAUAAUGAAGCUGUUUAUCUUGUUAUGGAGCUGUGCCAUGGAGGUGAGCUAUUCGACCGAAUCGUCGCUAAAGGUCAUUAUUCGGAACGAGCUGCUGCAUCCGUCACUAAAACUAUUUUGGAAAUUGUCAAGGUGUGUCAUGAGCAUGGAGUGAUACAUAGGGAUUUAAAACCCGAGAAUUUCUUAUUCGCAGAUGAAACCGAAACUGCCCCAAUUAAAGCCAUUGAUUUUGGCCUCUCCAUUUUCUAUGAAUCUGGGGAGCGUUUCAGUGACAUAGUAGGAAGUCCAUACUAUAUGGCUCCAGAGGUUCUAAGAAGAAAUUAUGGAGAGGAGGUGGAUAUUUGGAGCAUUGGUGUCAUACUCUAUAUUUUGCUUUGUGGUGUUCCUCCUUUUUGGGCAGAAACGGAGGAAGGAAUAGCACAUGCGAUAAUAAAAGGAGAAAUAGACUUUCAAAGGGAUCCUUGGCCUAGGGUUUCCAGUGAAGCCAAGGAACUUGUCAAGUGCAUGCUUCAUCCUAAUCCUUAUGAUCGUCUAACGCUUCAAGAGGUCCUUGAACAUCCAUGGAUUCAAAACAUUAAACAUUGUCCGAACGUUAAUCUGGGAGAAAACGUAAGAUCAAGGAUUAAACAGUUCUCAUUGAUGAGCAAGUUCAAGAAGAAAGUUUUGAGGGUUGUAGCAGACAACUUACCAGAGGAUCAAAUCGAUUCGACUAUCGAGAUGUUCAAUAUGAUGGAUACCGACGAUGACGGGCAUUUGUCGUUUGAGGAGCUGCGAGAUGGGCUGGAGAAACUUGGGCAUUCUGUUGAAGAUCCUGAUGUCAAGAUGUUAAUGGAGUCUGCUGACGUUGAUGGAAGUGGGACACUAACCUACGACGAGUUCGUCACAAUGGCUGUUCACCUGAGAAGGAUUGGCGACGACCAACUCAGUCAAGCUUUCCGUUACUUUGACAAGAACCAAACCGGUUACAUCGAAUUCGAUGAACUUAAAGAAGCUCUACUACAAGACGACAACAGUCCCAACAAUGAACAAUUGAUCAAAGACAUCAUGCUCGAUGUCGACAAGGAUAAGGAUGAUCGAAUUAGUUAUCAAGAGUUCAAGGCAAUGAUGUUUACAGGCAUGGACUGGAAAAUGGCUUCGCGACAGUAUUCAAGAGCAUUGCUAAAUGCAGUGAGCAUCAAAAUAUUAAAAAAAUCUGGGCAACUAAAAUGAUAAGAAAAUUUCCAGGUUUUGGGAAAAUCUGAAACUUGGGAGCUUCAAAACAUUUUCUUCCCAGCCAAACAGAUAAACGAUGGUUGUGGGUUUACGGUGGGAAGUUUCCA